UCUCGCGAGAAAUUCGCCUAAUCCUCGUCUCUAAAAAGUGCUCGAACUGAUGGUCCAGCUUUCCAAUUAGAAGUCAAGGGGAGGGGUUACAGACCAAUGAAAAGGAUGAAGAGGUGGGCUCACUAUUCUCCCCGCGCGAGAUGAGCCGUUACAGGACGGGCCUAUUGGCCAAUCAACCUCGCCAGAAUUAGGGUCAAAUGACUCUACAGUACAGCAGGGGCGGAACCACCGACUGGCGCGAGGAACCGUUAAUACGGACAACGGCAACAACCAAUGGGAUCCUCUCGCUAGGACGUCAGGAAUCCAAUAAGAGAAGUUGGGCGGGAUUCUUCACUUUGCGCUGGGAGCUGGGAAGACGGACAGAGGAAGCUCCCAAUGACUUUGAGGAAGAGAGGCGUUCACUGACCAAUGAGGGCGGUGGGGCGGGGUCCAUUGCCGCGGCGGUGUCCAAGAUGGCGGCGUGGGAUUCCGCUGUGUGAAACCAGCGCGGGCAGGCGAGCUACCCAGUUCCGAGGCGGCCCCGGACAGUCCUCAGCAAUGAAGGGGAAAGAGCGCUCUCCAGCGAAGGCCAAGCGCUCCCGCGGCGGCGGGGAGGAGUCCAGCACCCGCGGGGAGCGGAGCAAGAAGCUGGGCGGCUCUGGCGGCAGCAACGGCAGCAGUAGCGGUAAGGCGGACAGCGGUGGGACCCGCCGGAGCCUGCACCUAGACAAGGGCAGCAGCCGGGGCGGCAGCCGCGAGUACGACACUCCGGGCGGCGGCUCUAGCAGUCGCUUGCACAGCUAUAGUUCCCCCAGCACCAAGAACUCUUCGGGAGGGGGCGAGUCGCGCAGCAGCUCCCGCGGGGGCGGGGAGUCCCGCUCGGCCGGGGCGGCCCCCAGCUCUACGGGCGGCGAUGGCGGCGGGGGUGGUGGCGAGUACAAGACGCUCAAGAUCAGCGAGCUGGGUUCCCAGUUGAGCGACGAGGCGGUGGAGGACGGGCUGUUCCACGAGUUCAAGCGCUUCGGAGACGUGAGCGUCAAGAUCAGCCGCCUUCCAGGGGGCUCGGGCGACGAGCGCGUGGCCUUCGUGAACUUCCGCAGGCCCGAGGAUGCCCGGGCUGCCAAGCAUGCCCGGGGUCGCCUGGUGCUCUACGACCGGCCGCUCAAGAUCGAGGCAGUGUAUGUGAAUCGGCGCCGCAGCCGCUCCCCGCUGGACAAAGAGGCUUACGCGCCGGCCACCGUGGUGGGCGCGGCCGUGGGGCACCGGCACCCCCCCGGGGGCGGACAGCGGGCGCUGUCCCCGGGCGGCGCGGCCUUGGGCUACCGAGAUUACCGGCUGCAGCAGCUGGCCCUGGGCCGCCUGCCGCCCCCGCCUCCGCCCCCCCUGCCCCGGGAGCUGGAGCGGGACCGAGACUACCCCUUCUACGAGCGGGUGCGCCCGGCCUAUAGCCUGGAGCCCCGAGUGGGCGCUGGCGCCGCCCCUUUCCGAGAAGUGGACGAGCUGUCGCCCGAGGAUGGGCAGCGUGCCAACCGCACCCUCUUUCUGGGCAACCUGGACAUCACGGUGACUGAGAGCGACCUCCGCAGGGCCUUUGACCGCUUUGGGGUCAUCACCGAGGGGGACAUCAAGCGGCCCACGCGGGGCCAGACCAGCACCUACGGCUUCCUCAAGUUCGAGAACCUGGACAUGUCCCACCGAGCCAAGCUGGCCAUGUCCGGCAAGGUCAUCAUCCGCAACCCCAUCAAGAUCGGCUAUGGCAAGGCCACGCCCACCACGCGCCUUUGGGUGGGCGGCCUGGGCCCCUGGGUGCCGCUGGCAGCCCUGGCCCGCGAGUUUGACCGCUUCGGCACCAUCCGCACAAUCGACUACCGCAAGGGCGAUAGCUGGGCCUACAUCCAGUACGAGAGCCUGGACGCGGCUCACGCAGCCUGGACCCAUAUGCGCGGCUUCCCGCUGGGGGGGCCCGACCGCCGCUUGCGGGUGGACUUUGCAGACACGGAACACCGCUACCAGCAGCAGUACCUGCAGCCCUUGCCGCUCACCCACUAUGAGCUGGUGGCGGAUGCCUUCGGGCACCGGGCCCCCGACCCCCUGCGGGGCGCCCGCGACCGCACCCCCCCCCUGCUGUACCGGGACCGGGACCGGGACCUCUACCCGGACACAGACUGGGUGCCGCCCCCGCCCCCCGUCCGCGAGCGCAGCACUCGCGCAGCCGCGGCCUCGGUGCCCGCCUACGAGCCCCUCGACAGCCUGGAGCGCCGGCGGGAUGGCUGGUCCCUGGAGCGUGACCGUGGGGAGAGAGACUUGCCCAGCAGCCGGGACCCGCCCCGUAAGAGGAGGCUGCCCGAGGACGGUGGGGGCCGGCACGUGGACAGGUCCCCCGAGAGCGAGCGCUCCCGGAAGAGGCACUGCCCCCCCACGCCGGACCGCAGCCCGGACCUGGGCAGCAGCCGAGACCGCUACAACAGCGAGCCUGACCGGUCUUCGCGCCUGCUGCUGCUGGAGCGGCCCUCCCCCGUGCGUGCUGACCGCAGGGGCAGCUUGGAGCGCGGCCAGGGAGACAAGAGGGACCGCAAAAACUCGGCCUCGGUGGAGCGGGACCGAAAGCACCGGGCGCCCGCGCCCGCGGAAGGCAAGAGCCCCCUGAAGAAGGAGGAGCGGACAGAGGCCUCGGUGCCCAGCGCCAGCAGCAGCAGCGCGGCCAAGCUGAAAUCCCCUCCGCAGAAGACCGAGCCUCCUCCGGCUGCCGCGCCGGCCGCUGCCCCCAAGCUUUGCCUGGCUUGGCAGGGCAUGCUUCUGCUCAAGAACAGCAACUUUCCCUCCAACAUGCACCUGCUGCAGGGCGACCUCCACGUGGCCAGCAGCCUGCUGGUGGAGGGCUCCACCGGGGGCAAGGUGGCUCAGCUCAAGAUCACGCAGCGUCUGCGUCUGGACCAGCCCAAAUUGGACGAAGUGACCCGGCGCAUCAAGGUGGCCGGGCCCAACGGUUACGCCAUUCUGCUCGCUGUGCCUGGCAACUCGGACAGCCGCUCCUCAGCCGUGUCUGAGGCCACCACCUCGACUCAGAGGCCGCUCAGGAACCUGGUGUCCUACCUUAAGCAAAAGCAGGCCGCUGGGGUCAUCAGCCUCCCUGUGGGGGGCAACAAAGACAAGGAGAACACCGGGGUCCUCCAUGCCUUCCCACCCUGUGAGUUCUCCCAGCAGUUUCUGGAUUCUCCUGCCAAGGCACUGGCCAAAUCUGAAGAAGAUUACCUGGUCAUGGUCAUUGUCCGUGCUGGUGGACAGCGGAUGAAGAUUUGGAAUUCUAAGCUCUAAUGGACCUUUUUGAAGAGAAGUUGAGGCUUAUGUGGAAUUUACAUGGGCCUCUUGAUUGGAAGAAAGCUUAUCUGUUUAGUAUUUGUGCAUUUUACUAAAAUGGCAGCUUUAAAAAGUUGUGUAUCUGCUAUUGUGAUGCCAAUGCCCGUGUUUUAAGUGGAAAAAAAUGACCUCUUUGCUUUGUGCUGUGUACACAAGAUUUCUGGAAAAGUAAAGGAAAAACCCUUUUUAUGGCUCACACAGCUUAAAAGUAGCUGUCACUCAAACGUGCGCUCACAGUUGAGCUGAUUUUGUUUCAUUCUAAAUAAAUUGUUUCUUUUGAGGAAAAUGUUUUUCUGCUUGGAAGUGAAUUGACGACAAACCUUUGACCCCUUUGUUUGCAGCGGAGGGGGUACUUGCUGCUGCUCAGAUCUUGUAUGUCCUGAGCAAGAAGCAGUUAAACCAUCAUUUCAUGUUGACAAGCCUGGUGUGUCAAAUCUGAAGGAUCUCUAGUGAAUGUGUUACUGGGGGUCAUUUGCUGCUCAAUCCUCAUCCUUUGGAGGGAAUGGUGCUGUUUGCUGGGAUGCAAGAAGCAGGGAGAGCACCUUAAGCCUCAGAACAUUGCACAAGUCUGGGGCUUUGCUGGUUGGAAGAGCUGGAGUUGCUGAAUUUUAAGUUUUGAUUUAUUUUGUUCACCCAACACGUUUGGCCUUAGUUUCAUUUUUAAUUUGAAGAAAAAGUUUGAAAUUGCUUUGUCUUGCACUUAAAACGCUCGCACCAAAUUGCCAAAAGAAAGAGAAAUGCUCCGUUUGCUUUUAAAUGUUAAUGAUGUUAAUAAAGCCUUUGCUGACA